AAACACAACACGUAUGUAUCCAUGGCAACAAGUCAUGCACUUUCAUCCCUCUUUUUUCAACACGUCAAAACUCGCGACUUUCUUUCGGUGGUAAAAUAAAAUCCGGUAUUAAAAAUUCUUCCAUUAAGUUUAAACGAUGAUCUUUUGACAAUAAAUGUCGUGUUACCCAAAUUAGCGUUUAAGUAAAAUUAACAAUGAAAAAGAGGAAAGUUUUAAUUGAGGAGAAUUCUGAACAUAAAGAAUCAUUUGCGCGUCCGAGCGUGGCGAGUUUACGAUCUGCCACCGCGAGCCAUCAUAGACGCUCGCGAUCUGUAAAAUCUCCAUCCGUACAGAACUUGCACAAUUCGUCGGAUAAGUUCGCGGGAUUUAAAGACGAUAAAAUGGUUUUAUUGGACGAGAUGAAACCUCCGAAAACCAGAUUCAAUUCUGGCAACAGAUCGAAAGAAGCGCGUUCAACUUCCUCGCCAAGACUCAAGAGUUUCCCUGCGGAGGUGAUCAAAAAACAGGAAAAUCCGCCAAUGUUCUCGCCCGAGCCAAUCGCCGCUUUAAUCGUGCAGCAAGAUCCUCGAGAAACUGGGACUUUCUAUAACACAAAUUCCUCUGGCAGAAAUAAUAAUGGGCAUGGUGAUGUGAUUUCUAUUCCAUUGCCGCCGCAUCAACCACCGAAACUGCAAAAUAUGUGCAGCACGAGUCAGCAACAGAUUGUCGCUAAUCAUCCGAAGAUUUGUCAAACAAAUCCACAGUCUGAAAGCUGGCUAACUCGACGAAUCGUGUCUCCCGAAAGACAGACGCACCGUCCUUUCGUACCUAAUAUCGUCCAAGGAACAGUCUACGAUCGAUCAAUUCAAAGGUCGCCCGCGAUAAUUAAUCAGCCGGUAAUUACGCAAAUCCCUUCGACACAAGUCGCAAUGUCACAAACGCAAGGAUCUUUGAGCGAUUCACAGGCGAUUGUCGACCAAACUCCCAAUACGACCAAGCCUUCUGUGCUUGACAAUCAGUGCCAGCAGCAAUUGGUUAAUGACCGAAAUGCGGCCAAUCACAGACAAAUGUUCGUGCAAAUGCCGCAACAGAAGCAAGCAAUGAUCGCGCAAAAUGCCAGUAUGCCGCUGAACAAUCAGAGAGUGGGAAAAAAUAUCUACCCUCAGUUUCACGCUCCAUUCCAACAGAAUCUACAGCAGAUCAAUCAACAACACAGCGCGUAUCAUCAACAAAUGAUGCCGCAACCGCUCAAUCAAAUGCAACUGAUACCCAAUCAGCAACAACAUAUACACAAUUCAGGAACGCAUUACAGUUAUUACAAUCAACAAUUGCCUGUCGCGCAAGUCUCCGGGCAAGGAAUGACUUCUCCGCAAGACAUGACAGUGAAUCAGAUGAGAUUUAUGCGGCACAAUUUACCUAUUCAUCAGAAUCACGGACAUCCUGUUAGCUUUCAACCCGCAUGGCCGCAAAACGAUAGAUGGAUGCAAAUUGCUAAUCAAAAUCAGCAACAAUUGCAUCAGCAGAUACCGCCACAAUGGCAAUAUUACUAUCAAACGCGCGACAGCAACGUCAAUCAGCAAAAUGCUGGAGGCCAAGAUCAAUCUAAUCCAUCGCAGAUUCAAGCGAAUCACAAACCUGUUGGCCAAACCGCGGAAAGUCACGCUCAACGAGAGGAAAAGAAGAAACUGCAAUUUACAUCUGACAUGAUUCGCGAUCAGGAAUUGCUGGUCUCCGCCAUGAGACAGCAGGGUAUACCUGAGGAAGUGAUGCGACGUCAAUUCGACGCAUUGCUGAACGAACAAAGAAGGCAUCUGGCUUAUGUCGCGCAAUUUCGACAACAAGAGGCUGACAUUCCGGAGGAGAUCAAGAGGACUCGACUCGCGCGAAGAAGAGCAGACAAGGACGAGAAACCGGAAUGGAUGGUGCACAUUACGCCACCGCGGAUAUCAUACAGCGACUUCGAAAGAAUAAAAGCGCAGCAAAGAGUCUUGAACGAACAGUAUCUGACAGACGAUAAAUCGUCGGGGAAAAUUAAUAAAAUAGUGGCCGAUGAACAAAGGAAUUAUAAUCAGUCAAACAAUGAAGAAAUAUGCAAUCAAGUUUCGCCUCAACAAAUGUACGUAAAUCCUUAUCAGCUGUGGCAAGCGAACAAUUGGCCUCAUAGAAAUGAUAAUCAAACAUUAUGCGGUCAUACUGCCUGUUACCCGUAUAACCAUCCGCAAAAUGCGAACACCGCAUGUCGUUCACUGAAUCCGACUUUUAAGUACGGGCAGUAUAACCCGUACAAUGUGCGUUACAAUCCGUAUUUUCCGCAUUCUCAGCCACAGGAAGUCUGGCUCAAGGAACAUAAUCCAAGUCAUCCAUUAAAUCAGAAUGACGAUCGAAGAACUUCAAUGGAUCCCGCGUACUUUUGCCAGCAGAACAGAAGACCCACCGACACUUCCAGUCUGCUGAAGAUGCGAGUGUACAAGGAAAUAAUCUGUCCUCAGAAGCGCAAUAACGGUUUGCAGGAUCCGGACAACAUUCAGAAGAUGCUGGAAGUGCUGAAAGAUCCGACAAGUAGGAAGGGUCUCGAGUAUCUCGCCAAUUUGUCCAAGAAGAAAUCUAUCGUCAAACUGAACGGCAUUCAGAAUUCCAACGAGAUUCCGGAAGACAUGCAGCUACGACCACCCGCGGAAGCUCCCCCGCAAUUACUGCAGAAAAGAAUCUCGGCGAACGGUUUGGCGAAUAGAAGGAAUCCGAACAAUCCACCGUUAUGUAUCCUUCGACCUCAGAGGGCCGACGAGCCCCUGAUGAUGGAGUACCCGCGACAAAAGCAGAACGCGAGAAAUUGCUACAGCAUGCAGGCCGAAAAGGAGAACGGCACGGUGGCGACUUUGCAAAAGCACAGUGCGCUUCCCCACAUGCAGAAUGCGCAUGGCUCGAUCCCGUACGAUCGACAGAGCAUACCUGUGAUGGCGCAAGGGUACCACGGCAACAACGACGUGAUCCGCCAAUACGGAGAAAGUGCUCCACCACCUCGGUACUGUCAUCAGAUGCAGCCGUACUAUCUCAACGGAUCGAAUCUGCCGGGUCACAACGGCGGUCAGGGCGACGUCGCGUAUAUGCAACGCGUGAAUGCACCAGGCGGGACGAGGAUCGAUCGCGCCGGCGGCGAUACCGGCGAGAAACCGAACGCCGAAGAGGCGACAAAACGAAUGGGCGAUGCGCGAGCGAUGCAGGCAACGUAUGCUUACGGCCAACCGGAAAUCCGCGAGACAAGGACCAUCGGAGGUAUCACGUAUCUCGCCAGGAAACCCGAGUACGCCCUCAACAAUCUCGCCGUUUCGCCGGACAAAUUAAUUACGAGCGGACACGUGCAAGCGCCGGGAAUAUUUUAGCGCGAAUGUUCCAAUUUUCAUUCCAAUUAAGCUUAUUUUGCGCAAUCGAGCUUAAUCUCCGAUUUCUUGCGUUAUAGAAAUUUAUAAGGUAACCAUAUGCCCUCUCAUUGAAAAAAAUGUAUGUGCGUGAUAAUAUUGUCUUUGUAUU